CUCUCUGACUUAUAUUCCCAGGUACUGCAGAAGUUGGGGAAAACUGUGGAAACCAAAGAUGAACGGUUUGAACAAAGUGCCAACAACUUUUACCAACAACAGGCAGAGGGCCUCAAGCUAUACAAGGAGCUGAAGAACUUCCUGAGUGCAGUCAAAGUAAUGCAUGAAAGCUCAAAGAGAGUGUCAGAAACCCUGCAGGAGAUCUACAGCAGUGAGUGGGACGGUCAUGAGGAGCUGAAGGCCAUUGUAGGGAAUAAUGAUCUCCUUUGGGAAGACUAUGAAGAGAAACUAGCUGACCAGGCCAUUAGGACCAUGGAAAACUAUGUAGCCCAGUUUGGUGAAAUUAAGGAAAGAAUUGCCAAGAGGGGUCGGAAACUCGUGGACUAUGACAGUGCCCGACACCACCUGGAGGCGGUGCAGAAUGCCAAGAAGAAAGAUGAGGCCAAGAUUGCCAAGGCAGAUGAAGAGUUCAACAAAGCCCAGCUUGUGUUUGAAGACCUGAACCAAGAACUACUAGAGGAGCUACCUGUUCUUUAUAAUAGUCGUAUUGGCUGUUAUGUGACCAUCUUUCAAAACAUUUCCAACUUGAAGGAUGUCUUCUACAGGGAAAUGAGCAAGCUGAACCACAAUCUCUACGAAGUGAUGAGCAAAUUGGAGAAGCAACAUUCCAACAAAGUCUUUGUGGUGAAGGGACUAUCAAGCAGCAGCAGACGCUCUUUAGUCAUCUCUUCCCCAGUUCGAACAUCUACAGUCUCCAGCCCACCUACCUCACCUACCAGUCCCUCUACACUUUCCUUGACAAGUGAGAGGGACUCCAUCUCAGCAAGUGAAGAAGAGCUAACGUCGGAUCCAGCUCAGGGAGAAGACAACACUGAGAUUAAAGAAGAGCCCUUAAAAGAAAAGGAAAUAGAGAAAGAAGAGGCUGAAGCAAACGCCUCUGAGGAGGAAGAGCCCCUGCCGGCCUGCAAUGGCCCUACCCAGGCCCAGCCCUCUUCUCCCCAGCCCACUGAGGGUGCCGAGUCCCAGGAGGAAGUUUUCUCUAGCUCCCCAGAUCCAUCCCCAGGCAGAGCCCUGAUCCCUUCAGAGCAGCCUGCAUCUCUCCCAGAAGUUGUCCUCCGAACCCGAACCUCAAGUGAAGGGUCUAAACAACUAAAGAAGAGAGCCCCUGUCCAGAGGACCUCAGCACCCCCUAAUAGGCCUCCUCCACCCAGAGCCACUCCCAGCUCCAGAACCCCCUCAGGGAACAUACCCUCCAGUCCUGCAGCAUCUGAAAAGGAAAACACCGACAAUCUGAACCCAGAUCUUUGUACUUCCCCCACCUCGGUGAUCCCUCAGGUUUUUUCAGAAUCUGACAAGGCAAGUAAGAUGGAAGACGAAGAAGAGAACAAGCUCAUCUUGGCUGACUCCCUUGAGAGCCAAGGUCUCCGGCGUCAUGCCUCCGUGGUUCCAGAAGACAGCAAUGUCGCAGCACCUGAGCUUCAAGAAGAGGUAUCUACAAUUCAAAGUGCACAACUCUGAAGAGUAACUGCCAAGACCUCCCGCAUAUGUACAUCUCCCAGAGAGAUUCUUCAGCUAGAGGGUAUAUAAGCACAGAGACUGAAGGUCUAACAUUCAUUUCUAGGUUCUCAAAGUGGAUGCUGGUUGUCUCUAAAGAUCUGGCAUUAAUGGAGGCUGAGGAGCAGACUUAGGGGAAGGAGGGAGGCAGACAGGCUUGGAAGAAGAGAUUGUUAGACUCAGGGAUUAUUUAAUUCAGACUUUAGCAUUGUUAUAUAAUAAGACUUUAUAUAUUAAAUAAAGUGGGGCUAAAAUGACUAUAACAAGCAAAAGCAUCUAUAGAUGCAUACACACAACCAUACAUACUAGAGAAUAGGAAACAAAUCUUGGAUUUACCACUCAUUUUUCAAGACUUAAAGCCAAAAGAACAUAUUUUCAGAUUGUUAAAUAAAGCUUUAUUCUAUGUA